UUUUAGUGGCCUUCCGACUCCAAGUGAGAUUCAUUUGGUUUACUUCCAGAUUCACCUCUCAUCGCCAUCGUAGUGUCUUCCACGGAGCUCCGCCCCUUGCCUAACCCAGAGUUCCUCAGCCGUAUUGGCUCACAAUACCCUAAUCCUCCUUCUCAGGACGUGUACUCAUCCCACGCGCUUGACCCAGUUCCCUUCCUUCUCCCCAUGACACCUCCGUCUCCACGCAAUAUCUUCGCGACACGCGCCAUCCAGGUUCCAGCUCCGCACCUGCCAACAUAGUCUUUCGUCACACGAGCCCUUCCAUGCCGCUUCCUUCACCUCCAGACCUUGACAUUGACAUCUCUCCGUUGACGAGCCCCUGGCUUGAGGCAUACCAUAACCAACGUCCCCCAAAUAAGCGCACGAUAUCGCCAAGUGCAGAAGAUGCGGCGCGUGCGGUGCGAAAGCGGGGACCCUCCAUGACUUCUCCAGUGCCAACAGUGAAACAACCUAUAAGACAUGCCAAGAGCGCAACGAAUACCCCUCUUCUGCGUUCCACAAGAUCUUGUCGGAAUAGCACCGUUAUGGAGACGGAUUCGCCGUCACCUGUCGACUUGUCGAUGCCGCCUCCCGCGCCUCCGGGACCUCGCCAAUCCCCUCCCAAUUCUGCAGCAUCGGGUACUCAUGAAGCGACAUCGCCGAUGACUCCGGUCACUCCCGCAAGCAUAAUGAAUCUUGGCCGUCUGGGUAUUAGCAGUAGCCUCACUACUACCGCAGCACCCACGUCUCAGAAAGCUGAUAGAGUAAAAGAACCCGCUAGGGCCAGGAAAACGCCUGAUAGCGGUGCACCAACAAAAGGAUCCAGGAAGGGCGCACUGCCGUUCAUCAGUCCUGGGCCUAAGCCGAUUUUACCAGCUGGGACGCCAUCAUCUGUAAAUGCAGGCUCUUCUGCACUCUCACCUACUGUUCCUAAUCGCAAGUCGCACAAGGACGCCGAACAAAAACGCCGUGAUUCUCUGAAGACUGCAUAUGACGAUUUGCGCGUUCUGCUCCCGCCAGUUCCGCUACCUUCCGAUGAAAACUUCCCUGAUGAACCGAUCCUUCCGGGUGCUUUACCCCCCAGAGGGCCACCGAAAGCUGGUGGUGAUGGUCCAAAUAAAGGUGUCAGCAAGCUGCAACUGCUCAGAUGCGGGAACGAUUUUAUUCGAACGCUCAAGGGUCGGGUAGAGCGUCGAGAUAGCGAAAUCGAGAAUCUGAGGAGAGAGGUGCUGAGACUGCGUGCCAUUGCUGGAGAUGUAGCCGGAGGGGAGCACAUAGAUCUAGAACAGGAUCUCGAUGCCAUUGAAGCUUAUUCGACUUUCCGCCAAACAUCAUUAGGUGCCGUUGCGGAGGAGGAUGACGCGGACGAUGCUGAAGAAUGAAGGGCAGGCUGCAGGUCUAUGCCAACUAUUUCCCUUGAUUUCUUUUUGUCAAAAUAUGUAUAGUUAUUGUUGCUAAAGAAAGGUUGACCCGAAUGAACAACCGGCCGGAACAGUAGUCGAAUAUUUAUAAGUCAGGCGUGCAGCCUAUCCUUGGGUGGG